CUUGAUCGUGCGUUGCAAAUGGUGUUUAUCUAAACUAAAGUUGUAUUUUACAUUUUUCCAACUUGUAAAAUGUUUCCAUGGUUUAAAUUUUUAUACAUAUACAAGAAAAGGGAGAAACGUCACAAUUGUUGUUCAAAAUAACAACAAAUCAAAAAAACAAAAGAAAAUGAAGAAGGUGGGAUAUAAAAAGGAGCAGCCAUUGAUUUGUCUUCUUUUCUUGACGAAGACUUGAACUGCUCCAACAAAAAAUCCAAAAGGAUGAGUUCCGAUCAACGGUGGAGAUUGCUCCGACCAACAUUCUCCAUCAUCUUCCUCUUCUUUCUUCCUCACAAUCUCACCUUUGGUCUCUGUUUCAGCACAGAUGGUACUUUACUUUUUGUUUCAUCUUUCUUUCUUUCUGAGUCCAUUCAACUAUUGAUCAACUCUGAGUCUUUUGCAGCAUUGGCGCUAAUGAAAUUCAAAGAGAGAAUAGAAAGAGACCCGUUUGGAGCUCUGAUGAAUUGGGGAGAGCUUUCUCAUUGUUCUUGGUCUGGUGUUGUCUGUUCACAUGAUGGAAGAGUUGUCAUCUUAAAUUUACGAGAUCUCUCCCUACAAGGCACAAUUGCACCUGAACUUGGAAACUUAACUCACUUGAAAUCCCUUAUUCUUAGAAACAAUUCAUUUUCCGGGAUAGUACCUGAGGAGGUAACAGAAUUGCAGGAGCUUGAGAUCUUGGACUUGUAUGAAAACAACUUUGGCCAACCAUUUCUCUUCGGUCGCAGGCUGCUUCAGACAUCUCCCCCUGGUCGGAAUCCAGGCUUUGAUGCAGCUCCCCCGUUACCUUCUCCUCCACCAUCGCCUACGGAGGAAGAGGAAGUCCCAAUAGAUUUUCCUUUCUUCCUUCCCCCUCCUACUGCAUCCCAAUCCCCUCCGCGGAUUAAACGUGCAAACCCUCCUACUGAAAGCCAAGCCAAUACCCCAAACCCGCCUCCAGUAUUCCCUCCACCAGCUCAGUCUCCACCCACUCAGCUUUCAGGUGUGCCUCAUGCUGGCAACAAAAAGAGUUCUCAAAAGACUUACAUAAUAGUUGGAGUGCUAGUAGGUGUAGUUAGCGUCAUGGUUGUAUUGGUGAUCUUCUUUCUUCUCUGGAACCAAAAGGUAAAAAUGAUAAAGCCAUGGGGGGCAACUGAGAGCAGUAGCCAGCUUCAAGAAGUUGCGAUUACAGAUAUUCCUAAGCUGAAGCUAUCAGAACUAGAAGCUGCCUGUGAAGAUUUCAGUAACAUCAUAGGCUCCACAUCCUCAGACGCAACCAUUUACAAAGGCACUCUCUCCACCGGUUCUGAAAUCGCCGUUCUAGCAGUCGCAUCUGGUUCCCUCCAAGACUGGUUAGUGGAUCACGAAACACAGUUCCAAGAGAAGAUACAGAGGUUAUCUCAAGUGAACCACAAGAAUUUCCUCAAUGUAAUUGGAUAUUGCCAUGAAGACGAACCCUUCAACCGAAUGCUAGUUUUCGAAUACGCUCCUAACGGAUCCCUCUUCGAGCAUCUGCAUGACCAAGACGCAGAACACUUGGACUGGCCAAUGAGGAUGAGAAUCGUAAUGGGAAUAGCUUACUGUGUAGAACAUAUGCACAAUCUAAACCCUAAACCCAUCUCACACACCAACCUCAACUCCUCUUCAAUCUACUUGGCAACAGAUUACGCAGCAAAAGUCUCAGACUUUACAUUCCUCAGCUCAACACCGGUUGAUCCCAUGACCAACGUUGUCAGCUUUGGCACCCUUCUUCAGGAGAUCAUCACCGGAAAGAUCCCGGAUCCGGAUUCUUUGCUCCACGACGAAACCAAUCCCGUUGCAGACCCGACUUUGGAAAGCUUUCAGGAGGAGGUGAUGGAGAAGAUGUGGGAAGUGGUUAAAGAGUGUUUGAAUCAGAAGAUGGAAAUGAAGGAAGUGGUGGUUAAGCUGAGAGAUAUCACCGGAAUAACGGCGGAAGCAGCGUUGCCAAGUCGGUCUCCGGCGUGGUGGGCGGAACUGGAGAUCAUAUCCACCGAAGUGUAGAUAUAUAUAUAUAUAUAUAUAUAUCAAUUGCACAGUAAAAGUAAUGUAUCAUCUCUUUUCUCUCUUUCUCUCUGCAAGUUGAAGUCUAAAGAUUAUUUUUUUUCCUUUUUCUGGGUUUUAUUUGGAACAAUUUUAGACAAAAUUUGUGUUUUUAAUACCUUUAAAGAGAAAUCAAUCAAUCAUGUGUAGUUCUUGUC